UAUUCAUGCGCGCUCUCGAUAGCACUGCGCAGCUGCAGGGAUGCCCUGAUCGUCCAUCGCAAUCGCAACCAUACGGUUUGCGCAGCCGCACUAGCGGGAGAGUGGACGCGGUGAGAGAGUGUGUCUUCUGGUGCUGGGAAGGAGGGAGAUUGAGUUGCGCGUGCGCCCAGCUGCGAGCACCUGACAACAAUGGGUUGACGGUUGGUCACGUGCAGUGCCGCCUGGAACCAGGAGCGGCCAUGAAGUGGAGCUGGCCGUUCCGUUUGCUCUUGAUGUUGUGGCUGACGGCGCCGUCCGGGCAGCGAGUGGUCCCCGCCCAGGCGUCUCCGUCCCUCGCAGAGUCCACCCGGCCGGAGGGGGACACGCCGUCGCUGACAUUCGAGCUGGACGAAGAGGACGAGGCGACCACGCCCGGUUCCUCGACCUCCGGCGCCCACAGCAGCGGCGCGGCGGCACCGCUGAAAAUCGAGAUCGACAUGGAGGAGUUGACGGAGAACGGAACCGGCCGUUCCCCGGCGGACGCCACCGAGCCCGCCUGGCACCCCUACCUCAUCAAGAUAUCGUCGGGCACCGGGACCGCCGCCGCCACCACGACCGGCGGCCCCGAGCUGGCGGUGCUCCCGCCGGGCUCCCUCAUGGAGGAGACCAUCGUCAUGCAGCUGCCCGAGGCCAGCCCGGUGGCCACGAGCACCACCGUGACCCCGCCCCUGCUCAUCAUCGAGGAGCUGACCCCCAGCAGCCCGCCGGAGCCCGGCUCGGUGCUGCUGCCGGACUCGCCGACCGAGUCGGUCCUCGUCCUGGACGAGAAAGAGCUGAAGGCCAAGAGCAAGAAGCAGGCGCUCGCCCAGCUGCAAGGGAGUGCCCCUCACCGCCAGCAGAAAGGCGGCCCGCCGCCCAGUAGGCAGAAGCUCAAAUCCCCGAACGGCAAGACCGCCGGUGAGGACGAGACGAGCCCUCCGCAAGUGUUCUUCCUCAUCAAGGAAGUCGAGCACGACGCGCCCGCCCUACAGCAGGAGCUUCCAAUGGCCAUACAAGUCAUUGGCAGUAACGCCAGUGUCCCGGGCAUUAGCACCAAGGAAGCAGCCAUUGUCACUCGUGUCCCAGACACCAGCGUAAAAGAUGUGAACGCUGUUGCUAGUUCCACAGACAGCAUCGUCACCGAGGUGCCAGGCAGUGCCGAUGUCGAGGACAUAGGCACCGACAGUAGUACUGUGGUCGUCAGUGGCAUGGAUCCAGACAAUAUUACCAGUUCUCCUGAUGUCAUCGCCACCACGGUCACUGGCGUUGAGGACAUAAGCACCAGCAGCAAUGCUAUGGUAAUUAAUGACAUGGAUACAGACACUGUCACCAAAACUCCAGACAUCCUUCUCACCAAAGUCCCAAGCACUCUCGUUGAGGACAUAGGCACCAACAGUACUCUAGUCAUCAAUAGAACGGAUUCAGACACUAUACCCAAAAUCUCAGACACUGAUGUUCAGGAGAUCAUCAACAGUACCGAUGUCCCAAUGAUCAGCAUCACAGAUACAGAAAGUAUCACCAAAGCCCCAGUUGUUAGUAUCCAAGAGGAUGUCACAAGCACUAAUGCUCCAGUCAUCGUCACUGGUACAGACACGAAUUCCAAAACCCCAAGCUCCAAUGCCCAGGAGGUCAUCACCAGCACUAAUGCCCCAGUCUUCAUCCCAGUUACAGACACUAAUUCCAAAACCCCAAGCUCCAAUGCCCAGGAGGUCAUCACCAGCACUAAUGCCCCAGUCUUCAUCCCAGUUACAGACACUAAUUCCAAAGCCCAAAGCACCAGUGUCCAGGAGGUCGUCACUGGCACUGAUGCCCCAGUCAUCAGUCUCGCUGGUACAGAUACUAAUUCCAAAACUUUGGGCACCAGGGCCUUGGAUUUUGUCACCAACACCAGUGCACCAGUAAUCAGAGUCACUGAAACCAACGCAAUCGCUGAAGUUCCAACUGUCAGCGUCCAGAAAAUCAACACCGGCACCAUUGUCCCAGUCAUCAGCAUUAGUGAGAUGGAGUCUACCACCAAAACGCCAGCUAUUAUUUUGACAACUCAAGGCACAACGGAUGUUGAGGAGAUGGAUUCUGAAGUUGAAAACACUUUCCUUGACAUGAGUGACAAAGGAAUGAGUGUCACAAGUAUUGUUGAUAAAAUAAUAGUCCCAGAACCACAUUUCAAGGAACUGUAUUUUGAUCAGCUUGUGGACCAUUUCAGUUUCACCUCCCAUCAAAAACUAUAUCGUCAAAGAUAUCUUUUAUGCGAUCAAUUCUGGAGCAAGAAGUUUGGACCAAUAUUUCUGUAUACAGGAAAUGAAGGUGAUAUAUGGGACUUUGCCAAUAGCUCCAGGUUCAUUAUUGAAUUAGCAUCAGAGCAGCAGGCCCUGGUCAUCUUUGCUGAGCAUCGAUAUUAUGGAAAAUCCCUUCCUUUUGGCAAAAAAUCUUAUGAAAGAUCAAACAUGGAGUUUUUGACAGUGGAACAAGCUUUAGCAGAUUAUGUGGUUCUUAUUACAAAACUGAAAAGUGAUCUUGAUGCCAAAAGUUGUGCGGUGAUUGCGUUUGGUGGCAGUUAUGGAGGAAUGUUGAGUGCGUACAUGAGAAUUAAAUAUCCAAAUGUAGUGGAUGGUGCUCUAGCAUCAAGUGCACCUGUGGUCUCCACAGCUAAUCUUGGGGAUAGUCGGCAAUUCUUUCAUGAUGUAACUAAAGAUUUUGAGCGUAACUCACCUGAAUGUGUUUUGACAAUUCGGAAGGGUUUUCAGGAGCUUGAAUUUUUGGCACAGCAACAAGCAUGGAGUAAGAUAACCAAUAAACUGUCUCUCUGUAAGUCAGUGAAAUCUAAGAAGGAUGUUGAUCAUCUCUAUGGAUGGGCACGAAAUGCUUUUACUUACUUAGCCAUGUUUAACUACCCGUACAAAACUGAAGUUGGAUUACAUUUUCCUCCAAACCCAGUAGAUGUUGCUUGUCGUUACAUUCUGAAAAAAAGUGACCAUAUUGAAGGCUUGCUAGAUAUAUUGGGAUCUUGUUUGCUGUCUCAUUUCUAAACAUCUGUUGCUUUUUUUCAAAAUAUUCUACAUCCUUCGUUCUAACAGGACUGAUGUUGGAACUCAGCAUAUUGUUUUAUCAAAGGAAGAGUUCAUCCUGUAGUCAAUUUAGACCUCAUUUUAAUAAGAGUUACCUCACAUAUUAGAGAGAUUAUAACACCAUUUUUACUUCCACCAAUUGCUCAGCAUUUCCCAUAUCUAGGUUUUAACCUUGUCAAAAUACAUACUAUGCAUUUCACAUCGUAUGCAUUUCUAAUUGAGAAAUUUGGAUCAAAAAAUGGUAAUUAACUUCUUGCACUUUUUACUUUAGUGUAUCUGUUACAAGCUGUACUUAUAUCAGAAUGGCAUAAAUGUAAAAUGAGAAAAAUAAAUCUCUCUGCCUUCUCCAGAACAUCAAUCUUCGAAGAUUUGCUGUUUCUUUGCUUUUUUACUGUUACUCAUUAACUUAUUUUAUUCGUAAAAGCAAACCAAACCCAAUCAUAUACAUUUCUUUUUAAUAAGAAUUAUUGUUUACCAAUCAAACUUAUUGUCAUAACUUAUCAGAUUUCAGUGCUCUUUUUCUAGAAAAUAAGCAGCGGGUUGAUUUUAUGACCUCUUCCUAUAUGAUUGUAAUUUAGAAAUUUGUCUUAUCUUGUACUUUGAAUGUUAUUAAAUCUUCUACGAUAGUAAAUAUGAGCAAGAUAAAGUCAGCUUUGAGGGAAGUAUAAUGAGACUUUGAAAAGUGCCUGCACAUGACUGAAACAAUUUCAUAUGGUAUGAAGUAAUGCACUUGACAAAAACAGCAUUAAGAUGCAUUAAAAUCUAAUUGUAGAUUUUGAGGAGGGUGCAGAACAGAAAGACCGAGGACUGCAUACUCUUAGAACUUUGGCAGAGCAAGUUUAGUAUUCGUGGUUAAGAUGUAUAAGGACACUUAACCACACCCAAGAUAGCGGCAGAGUAAGGCACUCCUGCAGUAGUUCCUUUGCUCCGCCUGUUCUUUUUCUUUCUUUCGUGUUUUCUGUCUCUUUUUUUCUUUCUCUUUUUCUCUUCCCAUAUCCCUGGAGGCAAGUCCUGGUACAGUGGCAGUCAUGGGCAGUGAGCCACAGUGGAGACCAGUGCGGGAGACAGUCAUGGAACUUAGCUUGGAACAACUGACCGCUGAUACAGAGCAGUCUGGAGGCUUGGAGCAAAGCAGGGGCAGCUGUUGGACAGGGGUCUGGCGCAGGCAGUCAGACCACAUGCUGAGGCCCUGCACUGAGCUGCUACAGUGCAAUGUUUAUUGACUUUUUUUUACCUGACUCUAAUGUCAAUCCUUUAAUGAUGUCUUAUUUCUAACUUUUUUUUAAAACUCUAAAGUAAUGCAACUGCUUUUUAUUCCUGUUUCGUAUCCAAAAUUUGUACCUAAGCGCCAUAAGAGGCAAACAUUGUAAAAGCCUUUCACUGUACUUCUACAAUGGAGUACACUUGGCAAUAAAGAAUAUUCUUUUCUAUUCUAAUUUGCAAAUAGGGCAUUGAGUACAGAAACGACAAAGCUAUGCUGAACCUUUGCAAAUCUAGUUAGAUGUACAAUUCGAAACACAACAUUUUUAGGAGGAAUAUCAAGCUCUGGCAAAUUCGAGGGAGUUUGCGGGCUGACACCAGCAAUGAAGAUCUCCAGUUAUGUGGAAAGUUUGGAGGAGCUUAAAUUACUCUUAAGAACAGAGAAAAUUAGUUAGAAAUCUUAUAGGAAUGUUGAAAAUUGAGGGAUUUUAAUAAAAUAGGGAGCAACUCCUCUGGUAAAUGUCAAUUCUAGAGGUGAUAAAUUUAAAAUAGUCAAUUGAAGAGCUAAAGGGAAAAUUUGAUGAGUUUUCUUUUAAUGUGGAACUCAGAACCUUUAAACGAUACUAGAAUCCAACCGAAAGGCAAGAGGAGGAAUAUGGACAUAUACUUGAGCUGAUCAUUUUGUAGAAUAUAGGUGGUGAGAUGGUGAAAGGGACAGUUUUCUCAGGCUACCACAAACUCAUUGCCAGCUGGCGACACUUGGAAGUUUCCUAGUACUUAUUUAUGCAUUUGAUUUGUUUAGAUUAGAUUCCCUACAUUAUGGAAGCAGGUCCUUCGGCC